AGAGCGGUCAACAUGACGACCAGCAUCAGGUACAAAAGCCGGAUCCCGGUUAAAACAGAGGACAACACAGAGGAGAAACAGUAUGUGGGUUUUGCAACGCUGCCCAACCAGGUCCACAGGAAGUCUGUGAAGAAAGGCUUCGACUUUACACUGAUGGUGGCAGGAGAGUCUGGUAUGGGUAAAUCCACCCUGGUCAACAGCCUGUUCCUCACAGACCUCUACAAAGACAGGAAGUUACUGAACGCCGAGGAGCGUAUCAACCAAACAGUGGAGAUCAUCAAACACACCGUGGACAUCGAGGAGAAAGGAGUCAAGCUCAAGCUGACCAUCGUAGACACGCCGGGGUUCGGAGACGCCGUCAACAACAACGAGUGCUGGAAGCCGAUCACAGACUACAUAGAUCAGCAGUUUGAGCAAUACUUCAGGGAUGAGAGUGGGCUGAACAGAAAGAACAUCCAGGACAACAGAGUCCACUGCUGCCUCUACUUCAUCCCUCCGUUUGGACACGGGCUGCGUCCAGUGGAUGUCGAGUUCAUGAAGGCUCUGCAUGAAAAAGUGAACAUAAUUCCACUUAUCGCAAAAGCUGACUGCCUCACGCCCAACGAGAUAAAGAAGCUCAAAGACCGAAUACGAGAGGAAAUAGACAAGUUUGGGAUCAAAGUGUACCAGUUCCCUGAAUGUGACUCUGAUGAGGAUGAAGAGUUUAAACAACUUGACAAAGAGCUGAAGGAGUGCACCCCGUUCGCUGUGAUUGGCAGUAAUACAGUGGUGGAGGCCCGGGGGCAGAGAGUGAGGGGGAGACUGUACCCCUGGGGAAUUGUUGAAGUGGAGAACCAGUCGCACUGUGACUUUGUGAAACUGAGGAACAUGCUGAUUCGUUCACACAUGCACGACCUGAAAGACGUAACCUGCGACGUCCACUAUGAAAACUACAGAGCGCAGUGCAUACAGGAGAUGACCAGUAAACUGGCUCAGGACAACCGUAUGGAGAGUCCCAUCCCCAUCCUGCCGCUGUCCACUCCGGAUGUGGACACUGAGAAACUAAUCAAAAUGAAAGACGAGGAGCUCAAGAGGAUGCAAGAGAUGCUAAACAAGAUGCAGCAGCAGAUGCACGAGAAAGACCAGUGACAUCUCCCGGAGCAGAGCUGUGCUGAAGCGCCACCUGCUGUUUGUCCCCUGAAUGACAGUGAGACCUUCAGACAGUGAACAGUGGAUAUCAUGUGUUUGUGGCAACUCUAGCUGUACAUUUAUCUUCAGUUUGGUGCUUUGUAUAGUUUGUCUGCCUGGAGGGUUGUUUCGUCAGAGGGUGUUUUUUCUCUGAAACUAUCUGUUUGCCUACUUUGACCCCCCCCCCCCCGCUGUCGUUUAACAGUCUUAACCUAUAAAAUAUUAAUGUUUAAUUUAAAUUACUACUCAGUGUAUCUAAUUUAU